UAAAGAAGAUGACAAAUUAAAAGCAGUGUGAGAUGAGAUGCGAAUGGUGUGGUUUUGCUGUACGCCGGUAAAACCGUGAGAGGAUAGAUAAAUUAAUGAAGGAGCUGAGGAGUAUUAUAUUAUAUGAGAAAGUCGAUCAGUUGGAGCAGUUUUAGUUUAUCCACUUAUUUGAUUUUGGUGGUGAUGUAACGUAAACGUACGUCUUUCAUUAACUUCAGCUCCAUAGCCCAUAGGUGAUAUGUCUGUCGGUCCCCUCCUACAUACCUCUCUCCUCAAGCCAGGAUGCUCUCUGCUUAGGUUUUCUUCCAAAUUCUUGCACUUUUUAGCUCCAAAAUUCAAUCUUUCUCCGUUUAGGAUUUAGUAUACUACUGUUCCAUACUCAAGCCCAUGGGAACUAAACAAACAGGUUCUUCGGCUGGAUAUGGCAACCCUCCAUGGAUAUUCACGGGCAGUGCUUUGUACCAACUACAUCUUGUCAAAUCGAAGACAGCUCGAGCUUUCAUUCCUAAAGAGUUCAGAUUAGUUGAGGCUUUCGGAUAUACUCUAGGUGGAUUCUUCCUUGCUAGUUAUGAUGACAGUCCUGCUGGAACUUUUGACGAGCUUGUGGUACUUGCGGGAAUUGUGUGGAACCCACCUACGUCUUGCGCAUGGGCUGCCAGGGUGCUGGUGAACAGCGAUGAGGCAUGCAUGCAUGGACGAAAGGAUGUUGGACUUCCAAGCCAAGUAGCCAGAUUUUCAAAGAGAAUGGAACCGAUUCCAAAGACAUCAAAUAAAGGCAAUCACUUCCUAAGCAUGAUUGGGUUGAGUUCAUUCCCCUCUACUCCUCCUAAUGAUUUCUUGGACAUAAAAGUAGCCGAGAUCAAGGGUCCGAGAGCAAUGGAUAUGUGCAAUAUCAACAUACUCACUCCAGCUCGUAAGCUACCUUCGAAGGAGGAGUGGAUGGGCCCGCUCAUCAAAAUGUCGCUCCCUAGUUUUAGCGGUCGCACCAAACAUAAUCCCAAUCUUCUCAAGUACUCUUGCCAGAUUGAGUGCAGGGUGCGGAAAGUGGCGCCGGCAAAAGUUUCAGGCCCAUCUACAUUGAAGGCAGAGAAGGAAAGUUGUGAAUGCCAAAACCAAAGUUCAAUAAUUGAACAAGAAGUUGCUCCAAAUAAGAGAAACCUCAGCAUAUCUGUGUUGCUUUCAAAACCAAUUCUAGCUUUACAGUUUAGUUGUCUGAAAAUGAAAGUUGAAGCUCCUACUGUUGUUUCUAUGUGCUCAUCAAGAAGUCAUUGAUUGAUUGUUUGAAUGUCAAGAAUGACUGACUGACUGAUUUGUUCAUCU